UUAGCAAUGCACAAUAUGCACAUAACAAUUUAAGUGUUUAAGUACAGUAUGACGAUGCUGUCAGUAUUCAACAAAAUAUUCUUGAUAAGCCUCUUUUGUUCACCGGGAACUUCUUUUCGAGACAGAGAGUCCUACCCAACCAUUCAAGACGUAGUCUCUUUCAAAACGCCCCAGCAGACAACACAGGGAGCUGCAGAGAGCGAACUAACUAUAGACAUCGAAAAAUUGGACGUCCAUAGACUAAAACAAGACGAUACCGCAUUUCGCAAUCAACUGAUGGGCGUUCUUGGAGGCGAUUUACUUCUACAAGAUGAAAAAAUAACAAAGGAUACUAGACGCGUGCAAACAUAUCGUAACGCAAAUACAUUUCCCAUAGCGUACAAAAUACAAUUCAGAACGAAAAUGGCGGAUGUCAUGUUACAACUCAUUUACAUGGCUAGAUCGAAAAUAAAAAGCUUCGAAGUCCACGGAUAUAUCAACAAGGAAUCACCAGAGUACCGUGUAGCUUUGAUCAUACGGAGAUUGGAUUCUUUGCUAUAUAAGGCUAUGAGAUAUCAUACGGUCAUGAUAGAGAAGCAAAAUGAUGGGAAAUGGAAUAGAGAGAGCACUUCAGUUCUAAAUUUGCAUCACAAGAUUGUUAUGGCGCACGAAGAUUUCAUACACUUGUUCUUCGUACAAAUGCAUUUACAUGAAAGGCUUGAGCAGAUGAGUGGAAAUCCUAUUCACACUCCUACUUCUUGUGGAGCCUCCGUUGAUCGUCUCGGCCACCAUGGACUCGCCUGCUCCUCGGGUGCCGGCCGCCUAUCCCGUCAUGCCGCUCUCAACGACAUCCUGAGGAGAGCGCUCGUCAGCGCCAACGUCCCUGCGGCUCUGGAGCCCCAGAUCGCAAGGGAUGACGGCAAGCGCCCCGACGGGAUGUCGUUGAUCCCCUGGCGGAUGGGCCGCGCGCUGGUGUGGGACGCCACCUGUGCAGAUACGUUGGCGGCGUCCUACAUUUCAGCCACCAGCAAACAGGCCGGGGCGGCGGCUGACGUCCGAGAACGCUUCAAGGAUCCCCUACUCGAUACUUAA